AUGGAUCCAAAGUCUCCGUCCAGUGAAGCUCUCGCACUCCUCUGGGCUUAUGAGCUUAACCGGCAGAACAUGCAGUUGUUCAAGGGACUCAAGAAGAUGAACCGACGUGUCGAUGCAUCUCAGAAAGCUAAACCAGCCAACUAUGCCGGCCAUUCACGCCAAAGUGGUCGCCGGGCCAACAACAUGGUUCUUGCGCAGCCCCAAAACCAGCAUGUUAUGAAGGCGUUUGACCUGACAGGCAAGAUCGCAGCGGUGACUGGAGGAGCCCGUGGAAUCGGCCUUGAGAUAUCGAAAGCAUUGGCCGAAGCGGGUGCAAAUGUUGCCCUGAUCUACAAUACCUCCACCAACGCCGAUACCAUUGCAGCUGAGAUUGCGUCCACUAACAACGUCCGCUCAGCAGCGUACCAAGCCAACGUAGGUAUCCAGACUGAGAUAGGAGCGACUGUGCAACGGAUCGCAAAGGACUUUGGCGGUCUCGAUAUCAUGGUCGUUAACUCAAGCAUUGUCUCCAAUAUUGCCGCUGAAGACUACACGGCCGAUCAAUGGAGUCGGAUUUUCAAGGAAAAAGGUCGUGGGAAUGUGAUAUUCACGGCCUCGGUCAGUGCGACUCUGGUCAAUGUGCCCCAGAAACAAGCAGCGUACAAUGCGUCCAAGGCAGGAUUUGUUCAGUUAGCCAAGUGCUUGUCUGUCGAGUGGAUUGACUACUGCCGAGUCAACUGCAUCUCGCCUGGAUUCAUUGCCACCGACAUUCUUGAUAUCCACCCAGAGCAAUGGCGUGAGAAGUGGUUGGAUAUGAUACCUGCUAAGCGAAUGGCUGAAUGCUAUGAGUUGAAAGGGGUAAGUUCUAACGAAAAGGAUUUCUCCUGA